AUGGGCGGCUUCCGGUUCAAGUUAUCAGCAUUCUUGCUGAUAUCUUUUUCUCUGCAUAUAUAUGCAAUAAAGGAAGUCUUCGCCCAUGUUAUUGUCGGGAACCUCCGAACGUUCAAUUUCACGGAUUGGGUAUCCGACAUCCGAAUAGCACAAUCUUCCAAAAUCGACGGAUUUGUACUCAACAUAGCGGCCCAUGACCCAUCAAAUGAGCAUUCCCUCGAUCUUGCCUUCGAAGCUGCCUCUGCUGUGGGGAACUUCAAGCUGCUGUUUUCGUUCGACUACCGAGCCCAAGGUCCUUGGUCCCGCGACGCGGUUACUGAGCUUCUUCGAAAAUAUACCCGGCACCCGGCCUACUUUAAACAUGAUGGAAAGCGGCCAUUCGUCUCCACCUUUGAAGGCGCCGAGUGCGCUGAGGACUGGCCAGCCAUCAAAGCCGCCACAAACGCAUUUUUUGUGCCAGACUGGAGUUCAGUUAGCGCAGCCCAUGCCGUUAAACUAGCUGGGGGUGUCGUGGACGGCCUGUUUAGCUUCAAGGCCUGGCCGUCCGGACGGGAGAACAUGACUACCGAUAUGGAUGACACAUUCCGCGCUGCAUUGGGCGCUAGAAGGGUGUACAUGAUGCCAGUCAGCCCGUGGUUCUACACGAAUUUGCCGGGCUUUGGCGGAAAGAAUUGGAUGUGGAGGGGCGAUGGGCUCUGGGAUCGGCGUUGGCGUCAGGUAAUUAAGAUACAGCCUGACUUCGUACAGAUUCUAACCUGGAAUGACUUCGGCGAGUCACAUUACAUCGGACCAAUACCGGAGAAGGCCUUAGGGCUCUUUCAAGUGGCGAAUGCGCCCAUUAACUACGCGCAGGGUGUUACUCAUGAUGGCUGGAGGAAGUUCUUGCCCUAUUACAUCGAGGUCUACAAGACAGGCAAAGCUCCACAACAAGUUGACGAAAAUGUAUAUGCCUAUUACCGCACGACACCUGCCUAUGCAUGUCCGAACGGUGGUACAUCUGGUGGUAGUGCCGCCCAUGGUGAGAGUGUGAUGCCGCCGGAGCACUUGGUCGAUGACAAUGUGUUUUUCUCCACCUUGCUGAACACUGAUCACGGAGUCACCAUUACCGUGCGUAUUGGAGACAACGAGCAAACAGGGGUAUUCACGGAGUUUCCUGCAGCAGGACGCGGAACACCUGGAGUGUACACGGGGAGUGUGCCAUUUGCGGGUAGAACUGGGGACGUGGUCGUUGCUGUGUUACGAGGCAGUAAAGUCAUUUCGAGGAUUGGGGGGGGGAAACCGAUAGCCAACAUUUGCGAAAACGGCACGCAGAAUUGGAAUGCUGUGGCCAUUUAG